AUGCAAGCUUCAACGCCAGGUUUGCUGAUGUGGCAGCCCAAAACAGACUGCUGUUAGUCUAAUUUCUGUGAAGUUCUUUUACCUUGCACCUCUUGAGUGAGCCCAUCACACAGCCAGCGUCCUCGAGCCUCGUCAUCAAGCCAAAUCAUGGGGAGUAUUGCUUUUAAUGGCGGUUCAACCGCCGAUGUCCCCACAAUUCCAGCUAUGGAGGCAGCGUUUGCGGCCGCCGUGAAGUCCGGCAAGAUUCCGGGGGCUGUUGUCAUGGCGAAGAACACCACCGGCACAAUCGACUAUGCGCGUUGCUUCGGGGCCAGGACGGUAAGACGUGAUGAGACCCGGAGACUUCCCCCGAUGGAGGAAGAUACGCCAAUGCGGUUCGCCAGCGCGACCAAGCUCCUCACCUCCAUCAUGGCGCUGCAAUGUGUGGAUCGAGGCCUCAUCGGCUUGGAUGAGAACGUCGAAAAGAUUAUCCCAGACUUGACGUGCAUGAAGGUCUUGGCUGGGUUUGACGAUGCCGGAAACGCAAUCAUGAGGGAUCGAGAAGGUAUCAUUACUCUGAGACAUCUCUUGACCCACACAUCGGGGCUCUCGUAUGUGUUGAUCAACCCACUGCUACAGCAGUACAUGUCCAAGGGAUACCUCCCGGCAGCCGACAAAUUCGGAAUUCAGAGUCGACUAGCACCGCCGCCUGUGAAUGAUCCUGGUGUCGAGUGGAUGUACGGGUCAAAUCUCGACUGGGCCGGCAGGCUAGUAGAACGGGCCACUGGCAUGGACCUGGAGAGUUACAUGCAAGAAAACCUAUGCGAUCCCUUGGAUAUCAUUGAUAUGACCUUCAAGCUGCAACAGCGCCCCGACUUACUGGCCCGCCGAGCCGAUCAGACCCAACGCAGCAGGGAAGAUGGGAAACUCGUGUACGACGACACGGUCUAUUUCCGCCAGGACGGCGAGGAAUGCUUUGGAGGCCAGGGCAUCUUCACAAGCCCGGAAUCUUACAUGAAGGUCCUGUUCUCUCUGCUGAAGAACGACGGCGUCCUCUUGAAACCGGACACGGUCAAGCUCAUGUUCCAGCCCGCCCUGGACGAGAGACUCGAAAAACAAAUGAACACUCACAUGGACUCGGCGACGCACAUCAACUACGGCGGGCCUAUGCCCAUGACGGGACUGAGACGAAACUUUGGGCUUGGCGGCAUCAUUCCCAUGGAGGACCUCGACGGGGACAAGUGGCGACGGAAGGGAUCGAUGACCUUGGGAGGCGGUCCGAAUAUCAUCUGGCAAAUUGACCCUGCCGCUGGUCUUUGCACGCUCGUUACAUACCAGCUCGAGCCUUGGAAUGAUCCGAUUUGUCGAGGUCUCACUCAGACAUUUGAGAAGGCUAUAUACGCAAUGUUACCUAAGUAGCUGGGUUAUCUCUAGAGGCUGACAGCUUCGGAUUAUUGAGUAUUCAGGAUGUGUUUGUCUGAGAUUAACAGUAAUGACGGACAUUUUACUUUUUGCUAAAAUGAUGAGACUAUGAUUGGGAGACUUCACAUUGAAACUUAAUAUGACGACGGCACCGUGGUCGCCAGGUAACAAUAGAACCUUGAGGGCUA